AUGUCUUCCUCAAAGACUCUCUUAGUGCUGGAAAACUUUAUAGCUGGCAAGUUUGUUCCUUGUUCCUCCUAUAUAGACUCCUAUAAUCCGUCAACAGGAGAUGUCUACUGCAGGGUGCCGGACAGUGGCAAAGAAGAGGUGGAUGCUGCUGUCAGAGCUGCCAAAGAUGCCUUCCCAAUUUGGUCCUCAAAAAGUCCAUUGGAAAGAUCUCAGAUCCUGAACAAACUGGCAGACCUGAUUGAACAUGAUCUGGAAGCGUUUGCACAAGCGGAGUCAAAGGAUCAGGGUAAAACUAUUACAUUUGCUAGGACAGUGGACAUCCCUCGGGCAGUGCACAACUUCCGAUUCUUCGCCUCUUCCAUCCUUCAUCACACAACAGAGUGCACUGAGAUGGCAGCCGUGGGCUGCCUGCAUUACACUUCGAGGACUCCUGUGGGAAUUGCUGGUUUAAUCAGUCCUUGGAAUUUGCCACUGUACUUGUUGACCUGGAAAAUAGCUCCUGCCAUUGCAUGUGGAAAUACUGUAGUUGCCAAGCCAAGUGAGAUGACAUCUGUCACAGCUUGGAUGAUGUGUAAGCUCUUUGGAAAAGCAGGAAUACCCCAUGGAGUGGUGAACAUGGUGUUUGGAACGGGUCCCAGGGCGGGAGAAGCUAUUGUAUGCCAUCCUGACGUGCCGCUGAUCUCCUUCACGGGAAGCACGCUCACGGCCCAACGUAUCAUAGAGAAAAGUGCGCCUCACUGCAAAAAGCUUUCCCUGGAACUGGGAGGCAAGAAUCCCGCCCUCGUCUUUGAUGAUGCUGACUUGAAUCAAUGCAUCCCCGCCACCGUGAGGUCCAGCUUUGCCAACCAGGGUGAGAUCUGUCUCUGCACCUCCAGGAUCUUUGUUCAGAAGGGCAUAUAUAAUGAGUUUUUGAAGAGAUUUGUAGCAGAGACUAAGAAGUGGAAGGUUGGAAACCCCUCAGACCCUACUGUCGAUGUGGGAGCAUUAAUAAGUAAAGAACAUCUAGAAAAGGUAAGGAACUAUGUGAAGAAAGCCCAGGCUGAAGGAGCCAAUAUCCUCUGUGGAGAAGGAGUGGAUUCCUUGGAGCUCUCAUCUGGCAACAAGAAAGGAUAUUUCAUGCUGCCUACAAUUAUUACAGAAAUCAAGGACGAAUCUUGUUGCAUGCAAGAAGAGAUCUUUGGUCCUGUAACAUGUGUGGUAGAGUUUGAUACAGAAGAAGAAGUGAUUGAAAGAGCCAACAGUGUCAAAUAUGGCUUGGCAGCCACUGUGUGGUCCAGCAAUGUGAGCCGCGUUCAUCGGGUGGCACAAAGACUACAGUCUGGAUUGGUGUGGACCAACUGCUGGCUUGUUAGAGACCUGAACUUGCCAUUUGGUGGGAUGAAAGCCUCAGGUGUAGGAAGGGAAGGAGCAAAGGAUUCCUACGAAUUCUUCACUGAGGUCAAAACCAUCACAAUAAAGCACUAACACAUGUCAAUGGAAGUGAUUUAGGGUGAAAUAAAUGACAGUUAUUUGUGUUACCAUAAAUGUCUUUCUGGAACACAGACUACUAUUGUGGCCAACUUUUUCUUAAACUCUAGUCAAGUAUUAUCAAUGAUGGCUGAAAACAGUCACCCCA